AUGGUAGUUACUCGAAAUUCUGCACAAGUUGAAGAACCAAUAAUAGCAGAUCCUCAAGGUAUGCCAAGUACACGAGGGAAAAGAAUAAAAAUUGUUGCCUCAAAAAAGAAAAGUGUUCAAGUAGCUGCAAUAGUAGAAGAAAAUCAUGAAGAGGAACAACCUUUCCCGAAAGCAAAAAAAUCUGUUGCUUCCAAAAAGAAACAAGUUCAAGUAGUUGUUGCUGCGGGAAUGGAAGAAGAACCUCGAUUAGCAAUAACUAAACGAGAAAGUGUACAAAUCGUUUCUUCUACAACAAUUCCAAAAAAGAAGAGAGAAGGUCAACUUCAUAUGCUCUCAUCUCCUUCUCAAAUGGUUUCUUUGUGUGAUAAAUUGAAUGAUAAUCAAAGGACUGCUGUGAAAGAAAUUGGUUUUGAAGGAUUGCUUUUGUUGAGAAUUAAGAUGUCUUAUCAUGGUAUGGCUAAGUACUUUAUCAACCAAUACGAUGUCAGUACUUCAGUUUUCAUAGUCAAUCAAAACUGCAAGUACACUAUAACUGAGUAUGAUGUCUGCGAUAUUUUUGGCUUGCCGUUAACUGUUAAUGAUGUUAUCAAACAAACUAAUUCAAAUGAAGAUAUUUCUGAGUAUGAUUUAUUUGAGGAGUCGCAACAAAAACUUGAUUGUGUUGGGACUAAGGAUAUAUCUGCUGAACAACUACUUUCCAAAAUGUUGUUGGACUUAACUGAUGGAGGCGAUGAUUUUAAAAGGUUUUUUGUAAUGUAUGCUUUUAUCACAUUUUUGGCUCCCAAUUCACACCGAACUGUUGAUCAUAGUUUGCUUAAACCAUUAGUUGAUGUUAAGGAGAUAAAAAAUCUUAACUGGUGUGGUUUAGUGUUUGAUAGGUUUAGAAAUGGCUUGGAGAGAUGCCAAACAAAAAAUUUGAAAAACAUUCCUUCAUGUCUAGCCAUAUUAGAAAUUUGCUUUUACCAUCGAGUUAGCUCUCUAGGUAUUUUUCCAUCAUCAAGGUUGCCCUUAAUCCAACAUUGGACUUAUGAGACUUUGAAAAAAAGGGCACAACUUGAGUUGAAGGCUAGAUCCUUUGGACUGGGUGAUUUCGAUGGAGACACAUACCUAGUUUCAAAGAAAUUAAGAAAAAAAACGCAUGAUGAUGAGGUGGAGCUAGAAGAAAAUGGGAUGUAUCUCAAGAUCUCUAUUCCCGAUGGCUUGUUGGCAUCUUCUGAUCAAAAAAUUCAUGAUGCAGCUGGUGAUGAGCUUAUGGCGGAAGUUAGCAAGAUGAAGAGGAACAUGGAAAUUGUUACUCAACAUCAUAUAUCAAGACUGUUGAAGUUAAAGGAAAAAGGCAAUCAAGCACAAGAUGUCGGACAAUCAUCAAACUCUCCAACACUAUCGCAAUGGUAUUCAGACCCAAAAGUGAUGGAGGAGAUUGAUGAGAUUAUGAACAGGAUAAGAGUUGUUAAAAGACGAACAGCUGACAUCGACUUACCAAGCUUUGAUUUGGGAAUAUCAGAUCUCGAGAAAACACCUUCACCAGCACCGAAAUUGAUUGCCAAGAAGAGAGGAAAGAAGAAAAUUUGA